AUGGCCGGCGAGAGCAACUACAACGCCUGGACCAAGACGGGCCUCAUCCAGAGAGUCAAGGAGCUCGAGGCUGAGCUCAAGGCCCGGCCGGCAGCUCCAGUACCAGCGGAGCCGGCGUCAACAGAAUUGCAGGCUACGAGCACCGCCGGCGCCGAAAAUGGCACGCCUACGGACAAACGGAAAGCCAAGCCGCCCAAGGGGAAGCGCAAGAUGGACCCGUCGCGGUAUUCCACGCGGUUCAUCGCCCUGAAGCUCGCGUACCUGGGAAAGAACUACGGCGGAUUCGAGUUCCAGGCCAUGGGCAACCAGCCGUCCAUCGAGGAGGAGCUGUGGAACGCCCUCACCAAGGCUUGUCUCAUCUUCCCGGAGGAUGAGAGGGUCGUCCAGUUCGACUGCUGCGAGUACUCCAAGUGCGGGCGGACGGACCGCGGCGUGAGCGCCUUUGGCCAAGUCAUCGGGCUGCGGGUGAGGAGCAACAGACCGCUGCCGAAGAAGAGGGCAAGGUUAGAAGGGGAUGGCGCGGCGGACGCUACGGCGGCGGUUGAGCAGAGGCCAGACGAGAUGGAGGUCGAGGUUGAUGAGGCCGAGGAAGCACAGGAGAAGCCGUUUGACGACGCCAAGGACGAGCUCUGCUAUCCGCGGAUACUUAACCGGCUGCUGCCCAAGGACAUUCGCAUCCUCGCCUGGUGUCCCUCCCCGCCGGCCGACUUCUCGGCCCGCUUCUCGUGCCGCGAGCGGCAGUACCGCUACUUCUUCACCCAACCCGCCUUCACCCCGGAGCCGUCAUCACCUGGCGCCGCCAGCACCACCACCGGCGGCGUAAAGACCGGGUGGCUGGACAUCGAGGCGAUGCGCGACGCGGCCAAGCGCUACGAGGGCGAGCACGACUUCCGCAACGUCUGCAAGGUCGACCCGGCCAAGCAAAUCACCAACUUCCGGCGGCGCAUCUUCGAGUCGGACGUGGUCGAGGUCAAGGACGUGGCCUCGGCGCUGCCGUACCUCCGGCAGGCGGGCUUCGCGGCGCCGGGCAUGGCCACCGGCGAGCCGUACCCCAAGGUCUACUACUUCCACGUCCGCGGGUCGGCCUUCUUGUGGCACCAGAUCCGGCACAUGGUGGCGCUGCUCUUCCUCGUCGGCCAGGGCCUCGAGAAGCCGUCGCUCAUCUCGGAGCUGCUCGACGUGGCGGCCAACCCGCGCAAGCCGAGCUACGUCAUGGCUGACGAGGUGCCGCUCGUGCUGUGGGACUGCCUCUUCCCGGACCUCGACGACGAGGCGAGUCGGGUGGCCGCCGCGCCCGACGGGGUGCUGACGGAGCGGACCGACGCGCUGCAGUGGAUCUUCGUUGGCGACGAGUACGCGCCCAACAAGCACGGGCAGUUUGGCGUCGUCGACGGCCUGUGGGAGCUGUGGCGCGAGCGCAAGAUGGACGAGCUCCUCGCCGGCCAGCUGCUGCAGCUCCUCUCCCAGCAGGGCGUGCCGGCCGGCUCGGCGCCCGGAGGCCACGGCGGAAAGGCCGCCGCCAGCGCGAGGGUCUACGAGGGGGCCAACGCGGGCCGGCUGGCGGGCAAGUACGUGCCCGUCAUGAAGAAGGAGCUGAUGCAGUCGCCUGAAGAGCAAAACGACAAGUAUGCCAAGCGCAAGGGCUACGCCAGCGCCGAGGACAUGCGGGAGCAAAAGGCCUUGGGCAGGGCACGAGACGAGGCGGCAUCUGACGAGUAG